AUGGCAGCCCGGCAGACCAAGUCGCACGCUCAGCCGUCUCCCGUCGUCGUCGUCGGAGCAGGCUGCAUCGGGCUGACAACCGGCGUCGAGCUCCUCAAGCGUGGUUACCCUGUCCUCCUCCUCGCUCGUCAGUUACCAGGCGACCCGCUCUCCCCCGACUUCGCCAGCACCGCUGCGGGCGCGCACCACCUAUCUUUCGCUAGCGAUGACGACUGGCGACAGCGGAGCUUCGACAUGCGGACGUUCGAGCGGUUGUGGGCGGAGAGCGAGGAUGCGGCGAAGGGAGAGGAGCGAGGGGUCAUGAGGCUGACCCAGACAGAGCUAUACAAGGGCGACUUGCACCUUCGCUUCCUCGAGGGACUCCCGGAUUUCCGCAUCCACGAUGCGUCGACGCUGCCUGACGGCAUCGAGCAUGCUGUCUCAUUCACCUCCAUGACGAUUGAGCCGGCACGCUAUCUCCGACGCCUCGUGAACGAGUUCACCUUGCUCGGCGGAAUUGUCCGUCGCGUCCCUCAACUUGCUGCACUAUCCGACGUACGCAAGUAUGUCCAAGCACCUCUGGCAGUACUCAACUGCACCGGUAUUGGCGCUCGUACUCUCAUCGACGUGAACGACCAGACCGUCCGCGCCGUUCGAGGCCAAGUUCUCAAGCUGCGCGCACCAUGGGUUAAGACCGGCUGGACGCGCCAGAUCGGUUCUCUCGCAGGCGGCGAAGGCGGCGAGCGCACGUAUGUCAUUCCUCGCGCGUCAGGAGAGGUCAUCAUUGGCGGAACACGCGAAGUCGAUGACUACUACCCUGAUCCUCGACCCGAAACGACGACCGACAUCAUUCGCCGCGCGUUGGAGAUCUGUUCCUCGCUCGCUCUGCCGCCUUCUUCGACUGCGCCGAUCGACGUACGCUCGAUCGUCGAAGCGGAAGUCGUUGGGUUCCGCCCGACUCGCGACGCCGGCGUCCGCCUCGAAGUGGAGGAGCUCAAAACCGACGAGGGAACGCUGCUGGUGGUGCACAACUACGGACACGGAGGGUACGGCUGGCAGAGUAUGUGGGGAUGCGCUGAGGAGGCGGCGAAGAUCGUUGGCGAGGAGGUUCGCAAGCGUGGGAAGAAGGAGACGUCGGUGACGGUGCAGGCGAAGCUGUAG